AGGACUUGCUUAUGAAACCGGGAAAAAUAGCCUGAAACCGAGAAAGGGAAAGACUGGAUUUUUUUCCGUAAUCUGCUCUGCGACGUUGUCGUUGCUUUCGUCCUCAUCGCACACAUUGUACAACACAUAAAUGGAUAGAAAUUACCCGGGAACAGGAUUUGGUGAUUUGGGCGCAGGAGCAGGAUGGAGUUACGAGAGAUCGGCAAAAGCAAGUCUUGUAUAUGGGAGUUCCAGAUCAUCCCACCCUGAGUCUGAGCUCCUUCACCGACAAGCCUACGCCACCCCACACCCUCUGCAGGGCUAUGCCACCAAUCACCACCCUGGGAGCUCUGGCCAAGGCGGGGCUUGGGGAGCAGCUGGACGGAGUUUGGGUCUGUCAGGGCUCUUUGACACUGGCCUGCACCAUGCCAGCCCCUCUGCCCCCGAUGCCUCCGUCAUGAAUCUGAUCUCAGCCCUGGAGUCCCGGGGUCCCCAGCCUCCGCCCUCUGCCUCCUCCCUUCUUUCCCAGUUCCGCACACCAUCCUGGCAGACAGCGAUGCACACGCCUGCUCCUCCUGAACUAUUCAUCUCUGGAGCCCUUCCUGGCUCUGGCUCCUUCCCCUCCUCUUCAGCUCUCUCAGCCUAUCAACAUCCAGCAUCCUUCUCCAGCCGUUCUUUCCCUGCCGCCUCCCUCUCCCUCCAGGACACGCCUACGUUUAGCCCCACAUCCAAUGGCUUGCUCUCCCCACAUGACCCCCUACUACACAUCAAGGCUCCUUCCCAGUCUAGCCUGGGUUUUGAUAGACUCCUGUCCUCGCAGGGUGCUGCUGCAGCUGCCUACAGGGGCAGCCAGGAUCCCACAGGAGCCACAUCAGCCCAGGCGUCGUCUGCCAGGCACCUGCAGUCCCACCAGUUCAACCUGCUGUCAUCACAGCUCCAGGACCAGUCCUCCCAGCUGUAUAAUGCAUCAGUCUUUUCCUCAGCCCAGCCCCAGCCUCAGUCCCAGUCUCAGUCCAAUUCGGCUCAGGAACGGGCUGUUCCCCGGCAGGACAGCGUUAUCAAGCACUAUCAGCGGCCCACGCCAGCUCAGUCCCAGCUCUCGUCCUCUGCUGCCCACUCCCUUCAGCACUACCUCAGCUGUGGAGGGGCGGGGUACCAGCAGAUAGCCACCCACCACAGACAUGCUGGCCUUUCUUGCAGCCCACUGGGUGACCAGAGCCCUUCAUCUGACCACAAGCCCACCUCUCGCACUGAGCAGUAUCGGCCAAUCAUCCAGCCUCCCUAUUCCUCAUCGUCUUCCUCCUCGUCUUCAUCCUCAGCUGGGAAAGGCACCAAAAGCAGCUCAAGCAGUGGCUAUUCCUCUGCCAGUUCAGCUUCAUCCUCAAGAACUCCUCACACACCCCCUUCUGCUUCCUCUACCUCCUCUUCCUCCUCCUCUUCUUCUGCCACUUCUGGUGCUCAUCCUUCAAACUCCAUCCCCACCUCCAGCUCCAGUGCAGCCCCUUCCAGGCAACAGCCACCCCCUCAGCCAGCUCCUCCUCCCCCGGCUCCUCAGCAGCAGCAGCAGCAGCCCCCUGCCACCUCCACCUCAGGUCCCCAGUCUCUCCCCAAAUCUUGCCUCUCAGGCUAUGGUUCUCCUGUGCCACCAGUGAAGACCCCCACCUCUGCUCUUACUGGCCAGACCCCACCCCAACAACAGACACAGUCAUAUUCCCCUAAUCAGCCGCCUACUUCCCACCUGGCUCAGUCCUACGGAGGCUUCAGUUCACCACAAGCCCAAGACCUGAGCUCAGGUACUGCUGGGAAAGGCUAUGGGAGUUUAGGAGGGCGAAGCCAAUCAUACUCCACAGAUAUAUAUGGAGCUGACUCUGCUUAUGGAUCACUUCCAUCUUCUCUGGGUGGAGCUGGAAGCCCGUCACUAGGCUACGGAGCCCCAGGUCACUCCCCUGCUCUUUUAAGAUCAAGUGGUUCAUCAGGUAGUGGAGCAUCUGGAGGAGGAAGCAGCAGCGGCACGGGAAGUGGGAACUCUGGCUCAGGGGGAGGAGCAGGAAAUAGUAUGACAAAUGAGAGAGGUGGAGGAGGUAGUGGUGGAGGGUCGUAUCAUAUUCCAGAUUCUAGCCCCUCUCCAUCAGGCAACUCAGGCAUCAUCCGUCCAGGGUUGCACUCCCCAGUGCCCACCUGCCCCACACAAUCUCCGGGAGGUGCAGGCUCUAAUAAAUACAUUUCCUCCGUUCUCUCCCCCACCUUCCUAGCCUCCCCACAGGGCUACCCUGACACCAGAGGGCCCAGCUCCCAACCCCAGUCCUAUCAUUCCACCUCCUCCAAAACAAAGGCGGACACUUCCAUGCUAGGCGUAGGCUCUCAGAGAACCCAAGAGGAAGUGGAUGACGACGAUGAGUUCUUGAUUCAGCACUUGCUGCAAGCCCAAGCAAGUCCUGCUCCCCAGGCUGCUCAUCACCAUCCUCAACAACCACCCCAACAGGCAUCCCAGCAAACACAGCCUCAGCCUCAAUCAGUGCCCCCAACUACUGAUUCAGGCAAAGGGCUGAGCUAUGACAUGGGUAAGACCUCUGAGGAGAGGUACCAUCCCCAGAGUGUCAUACGUACCCACAGUGCCACAUCCACUGCCGGGGUAGGAAACGCAGGGUCCGGAGGGUCCAUCUCAGGGCUGGACAACCAGCUGGAGAUGUCACUGAAGAAACAACAGCAACAACAUCAACAGCACCACCAUCCACAGCAACAACAGCAGCAAAGGAACGAGCGGUCUGUUGGAAGCAGCAGAAGCAGCGGAGGGAGAGGCAGCGCUGAACAAGUGCACUCCCAUCUCCAUCACCAUGACAACCUCGGCUCGGUAGUCCACUACGGGCGGGGUGACCCAUACAGUCAACACUCCCUUGCCCCCCAACACUCCUCACAUAGUCAGCACGUGUCCUCUCACUCACAGAUACCGUCCCACAGCCAAAUGGAGCUCCAGAAGAAGCCACAGGAGCGCGCUGAAAUCCCUUAUCCUCGGAAAACCCCCGAAGUCCAGCAGCAGCAUUCCCAGUCUCAAGCUGCUGCCUCCCUCAUGGACUCCCCCACCGAUCAGUCCCGUCAGCCGCCACACCUGCUCCAGUCGGUGCUGUCCCACACCACCCGCAACAAACUGGAGCCUCAUCAGCAGCACCACAAAAUGGACUCUCAUCGGCAACACCAACAGCACCACAAAAUGGACUCCCACCAACCGCAUCAACAACACCCAAAAAUGGACUCCCACCCUCAGCAUCAACAGCAUCAGAAGAUGGACUCCCAUCAGCAUCAGCAGCACCACAAAAUUGAUUCUCACUCGCAACAUCAACAGCACCAUAAAAUGGACUCUCAUGCCCAACAACAGCAGCACUCUAUUAGCCAACAGCAAGCUGUAAUGGAAAGUGCUGGUGGGAGACUUGGCUCAAGUAAACACCAGGCGCAGUCUCAGUCACAAACCACCCAGCUCCAGCUUCAGCUCCAGUCCCAGGCUUUGGAGGUGGCAGCGGCUCACUACAACCACGGGCCCCCUCCACAUCAGCACGAGCAGAGCCAGGUCAAACAAAGCUCAGUGGUGUCUUCCCUGGACAUGCUGGAGCGCUCCCUUUCUCAGACCUCCAGCACAGACGUAGCUGUUGCAGAAGACCGACGCGGUGGAGCGGGCAGCGGGGGAAGGAGCGGAGGUAGCAGCGAGCGCCACAGACAGCAGCAGCAGCAAGAGCAGCACCCAUCCCACCAUCAGCCGCAGCAAACCCACCACUCACAGCAACACUCGGCCUCCGAACUCCACUCUUUCCUCUCUGAGCCCGACAUCAGCUUAUCCACCCCGUCUCACAUGCACCAUCUCUCCCAGCACCACCCGCAGCAGCAGCAACAACAGCAGCACCCCAGCUCUCAACACCAACAAACCCACUCUCACCACCCUCACAACCAGCCCCCACUCCCUCACCACAUACCCCCGCCUUCUGCCUCAGCCCACUCCCAGCCUCAGCCCGACCCGCAGCAACCACUGUCGUCCCAGCUCACCCCUCAGCAGAGCCAGCUGGACCAGCAGCGCUCAGAGCAGCACCAGUUUGACACAGUCAGCCCAGUGGAGAAAGCAGACCAGAAUCAACAAAGUAAUCGCUUUGUACCGCUAACUUCUAUCUGCUUCCCGGAUUCCCUCCUUCAGGAUGAGGACCGCUCUUUUUUUCCAGGUAUGGAAGACAUGUUUUGUGCAGAGGACUACAAGUCGAGCUGCGCUGGAGGUGCAGGUCCAGGGCAGGGGGAGAUGAAUGAAAGCCACACUGGGCAGGAGGGAAUGGAUUCCAUGAAAGCGGGACAGAGCGGAGGUGGAGCAGGGGGAAGUGCCGGAGCUAGCUAUGACAUAAUGGGUCACCAUGGUGGAGAUCAGGGUUAUGAACCAUACUGCCAUGGUCUGGAAGAACCCAGCAACAACACCAUGACUCUGGAUCUAGACUCCCUUAAAACUCAUGAGCUCCCAUCCACUGUCAACACCGAACAGCUGGGAUUGAUACAGUCCCAGGCACCAGCUAUGGGUAUGGGUUCCAAUACUGCUGGUCCCAACAACGCUGGAGCUAAAAUGUCCUCUGGGCCUGGAGGAGCUAACGCAGGGGCCGGCUCUGGAGGCCUCCAGUCUCCCAUUUUCUGUUCAUCUCGUCCCAAGAAACUCCUCAAGUCCAGCUCUUUCCACCUGUUAAAGGAGCGCCGGGACCCCAACACACUGCCUAAGAAAAGUUACGCUCAAGAGUAUGAGUUUGAAGAUGAUGAGGAUAAAGCGGACCAGCCAGCUGAUAUCCGGUUGAACAGCCGGAGGCUCCCGGACCUAUUGCCAGACUUGGUGUCCAGCUGCAGAAAAGGAGGAGGCAGCGGGUCUCUCAGCCCUUUGAUGGGUGACAUCGACUUCUACCACUCCUCCGGCUACUCCUCUAUGGGUUCACACUCUCUUCUGCCUCAGGAUGGACCCAAGAAGAGGGGCAGAAAGCCCACUAGACCCAAGAGAGAGGGCCCCCCUAGGCCAAGAGGCAGGCCUCGCAUCCGCCCAAUGCCUGAGCCGUACACUCCGAGAGGGAUGAUGGGGGAGAUGGGUGGAACAACAGUAGGAGGAGGAUUCAAUGUGGAGGGACGAGGUAGAGGUAGGGGUCGUGGAAGCCGAGGUAGAGGAGGAAGGAGGGAGGAUAUGUACAUGGAAAUGAGCGGGAAGGAGCAGGAUCAGAUGCACCACCAUCACCUACAUCAGCAGCAGCAGCAGCUCCAUCACCAGCCCCAACAGCAGCAACAUGAGCCUAUUCCACCUCUGAAGAUUAAAUUACCAAUUGGUACCCUGUCCUCCUCCGACGCCUUGCUGAGGACAGACUCUUUGUCUGGCACGGACCCUGCUUUGUCGGACGGCUCAGUGGGCUCAGCUCCCUCACUUGGUUUAAGUCCUGGACCCCCCUGCAGCACCGAAAGCACCAGAAGUCAGGACAAGAACAAGCAGAAAAGCCAGAUGAUGGGUGAAGGAGUGGAUGACGAGGGGCUGGAGGAAAGGGGGGAUGAGAAGGACUCUGAGUCCAAGGCCGGCUUCGUUGCCUCAUUCUUGGACUUCCUCAAGACAGGGAAGAGACCUCCAGGCUUGGACAUCUCACCAGGAAUGGAACCUGAUAAUGGUGAAACCUCACCCUGUAAAUCGGGGGGUCUGCGGCCACUGUCUCCUGCACCUCCUCCUCCACCACCACCUCCUCCAUUCGGGGAUGGUGAAGGGAAUGGGGGUCUGGCUCUGGGCAACUGUCCCAGCCCCAAACGCUUGGAAGAUGAGCUAAAGAGGAACUUGGAGACGUUGCCUUCGUUCUCCUCUGAUGAGGAGGAUUCAGUCGGAAAGAACCAGGACCUCCAAAAGAGCAUCUCCUCAGCCAUUUCUGCUCUGUACGACACUCCUCAGCUAACCUCUAAUAUCCAAGCCCCGCUACCUCCUCCACCCCCCCAGCCUCAGCCUCAGCCUCAACCUACCCAGGCCCCUCUUACUCCCACACUGCAACCCCCCACGCUCAGUCCACAGCCUGCCAUGCAUACUCCCCACACCCAGCCCCAGUCCAACGAACCUGAUAUCCUCCAGCCAGAAGAAGGAGACAUGGAUGAGAACAAGGAGGAAGAGAAUGAGGAGGAAAGAAGCACGGGAGGGGACGAAGAGAGCGAUAUGACAGAGGAGAGAGAACCACAGCUGGAAACCCUGGGUGCCCCUAAACUUGAUGCGCCCCUCCCCGAGAUCCCUGCGGCGCCAACAACUCCUGAACCUCCCUCCAUCCCUCCAUCUCCCGCCACAUCCUCCUCUCCUUCUCACUCUCCCCUCCCUCCCCUCUCACUCCCCUCACCCCUGCCUCCACCAGAAGAACAACAAGAGAAUUCCCAGCCUCCGAGCCCUGUUGCUCCCACAUCUCCAUCUCCAUCUCCAUCUCCAUCUCCAUCUCCAUCUCCAUCUCCAUCUCCGCCACCUCUGCCCCCACCCGCUACUCUCCCUCAGCCUGCCACUCCUCCUCCGACUUCGCCUCCUCCCCCGCCUUCAACUCAGAAGGAGUCUCCCAUGCCAUCUCCGGAGUCGCCCGCCUCUCCCGAAGAGCCCCCGGCUCCUAAAAUCACCUCCCUGCACCUCGCCCAGAAGCAAGAGGAUGCUGCCAUCGUUGGAGAGAGUGAGGAGGACGAGAGCGAGAGCGGAGGGGAGGGCAUCUUCAGAGAAAGGGACGAGUUUGUGGUGCGAGUGGAGGACAUUCGAACUCUCAAGCUGGCCCUGCAGACGGGUCGUGAGCCUCCACCCAUCUGGAGGGUGCAGAAAGCCCUGCUGCAGAAGUUCAGCCCGGAGAUCAAAGAUGGGCAGAGACAGUUCUGCGCCACGAGCAACUAUCUUGGCUACUUUGGAGAUGCCAAGAGGAGAUACCAGCGAAUCUAUGUCAAGUUUUUGGAGAAUGUCAAUAAGAAGGACUAUGUCAGAGUCUGCUCUCGGAGACCUUGGCGCAGAGCCACACCUGCUCUCAGACGCCAGUCCCUCCCCAGAAUGGCAUCCCCUCCCACUACCCAGCCGACUCCGAGAGCAGUGGAGAAAGAGGAGAGAGUAGCUCCGCCGCUCCAGCGCGAACAGAGGGAGAAAACAAGAACAGCAACCACAACGACAGCAAAAGAACAACGGGAGAAGAAGGAGGCUCCAGCUGCGGUGCCCAAAGCCAGGGAGAGGGAGAAAGAGAGGGAGCACGAGAAGGAGAAGGAAAAGGAGAGGGAGAAGGAGAAGCGAGUACAGCCACAGCAGGAGAAAUUGGAGAAACGCGCUGCAGCAGCAGAACGAGGGAGAGCAAAGGAGGAGAAGAAAGUGGUGGAGAGGAAAGAGAAGGAAAAGGCUGAGCGCCCACCCAAGUCCAAGCCGGCCAAAGUGAAGGCAGAGCCGCCUCCCAAGAAGAGGAAGAAGUGGCUGAAGGAAGUACCUUCAUCAUCAGACUCAGACUCAUCGGAUGAGGCAGCUAGUGAGAAUGAAAUGCCAGUGAAAGGUGGAGUGAACAACCGUGCCAUGAGGGAGAUGUUCAGGAGCUAUGUGGAGAUGCUGGUCAGCACGGCCCUGGACCCCGACAUGAUCCAAGCUCUGGAGGACACAGACGAUGAGCUGUACCUCCCACCGAUGAGGAAGAUUGACAGCAUCCUCAGCGAACAGAAGAGGAGGUUGUUGAGGAGAGUCGGCAUGAGCUCUCAGCACCAGGAGGUCCUGCAUGCUUACCCCCAGAUCAUUGUCGACCCCCUGGACACAGGAGUGGUGAGGGUGCGGCUAAGCGGGGACGCUUACAACCGCAAGACCCUCAACAGAGUCAAGAAGACCCUGCCUAAACCACAGGACCUUAAACUGUCGGCCGACUCAUAUCGGAUCUACAGUCUCUACCACUCCCUGCAUCACUAUAAAUACCACACCUUCUUACAGUGCAAGAAAGAGACCAACACCAUUGAGCAGGCAGCCGAGGACCCAGGCCAAGAGGAAGUAGUGCAGCAGUGCAUGGCCAACCAGAGCUGGCUGGACACCCUCUUCAGCUCCUUCAUCGAGCUGCUCACGCUCAGCACCAAAGCCUGAGCCAACUGCAGAAAGAGAGAGAGAAUUAAU